AUGGGUUGUUGUUGUAGGAAAGCAUUUUUGCUUCUAUACAUUCUAUUUUUAGUCCAUCUUCACCACCACGCAACCUCCGCUGAUCCAAGCCAUGGCAAUCUCUCUGUCCAGUCCGUUGGCUCGAAUCCCGACGGUGAUGACGACGCUUUUGCUGGCAUAACGGCUGAAUUAUCUAUCGUUAUUAAAAAGGGCGGUGGUGGCAGAGGCGGAGGCGGAGGUGGAGGUAAAGGUGGUCGCAGUUUCCGCGGAGGUGACGACCGGAAAGGGGGAAAUGGAAUGGUUUUUGUUGCUGGAUCGCACCACCGUUCAAGCAGCUGUCGGGAAAGUGCUAGCUUUUGGUUUCGUUUAACGGCUUUUCUCGGAAAUCAGCAAUCUGUACGGGAAAAGGAAACAAGAGAAACAAAAUAA